GAAGAUGUUGAUGAAUAUUGUCAUGUUAAAGAAGAGAAAACUGAUGAUAUUGAAACUGUUUAUCAGUGUAAUUUGUGUGAUGAAGAAUUUAAAUUAGAAACAGAGUUAGAAAAACACUGUGAAAUACACGUUAGUGAAGCGGGGCAAACGAAAGAAAAACCUUAUAAAUGUGAUGUUUGUGGUAAAUCAUUCACACGAGGUAGAAGCUUACAGUUACAUAUGAGAAGUCAUACAGGUGAAAAACCUUAUAGAUGUGAUGUUUGUAGUAAAUCAUUUACUGAUAGAAGCCAUCUACAGAUACACAUCAGAGUUCAUACAGGUGAAAAAAGUUAUAAAUGUGAUGUGUGUAGUAAAUUAUUCUCUACUAGUGGAACUCUACAGAAACAUAUCAGAACUCAUACUGGUGCAAAACCUUAUAAAUGUGAUGUUUGUGGUAAAUCAUUCACACGAGGUAGAAGCUUACAGUUACAUAUGAGAAGUCAUACAGGUGAAAAACCUUAUAGAUGUGAUGUUUGUAGUAAAUCAUUUACUGAUAGAAGCCAUCUACAGAUACACAUCAGAGUUCAUACAGGUGAAAAAAGUUAUAAAUGUGAUGUGUGUAGUAAAUUAUUCUCUACUAGUGGAACUCUACAGAAACAUAUCAGAACUCAUACUGGUGCAAAACCUUAUAAAUGUGAUGUUUGUGGUAAAUCAUUUACUGCUGGUAGUAGUCUACAGUCACACAUGAGAAUUCAUACAGGUGAAAAACCUUUUAAUUGUGAUGUUUGUAGUAAAUCAUUCUCUUAUAGUGGAACUCUACAGAAACACAUCAGAACUCAUACAGGUGAAAAACCUUAUAAAUGUGAUGUUUGUAGUAAAUCAUUCACUCAGUCUGGAACCCUACAGACACACAUCAAAACUCAUUCCGGUGAAAAACCAUAUAAAUGUGAUGUUUGUGGUAAAUCAUUCACACAUGGUGGAAACCUGCAGAGACACAUGAGAAAUCACGCUGGUGAAUAAUACUAAUAAUGCAUAACCAUAUUAUACUUAUACUUAUCUUCUCUUGGUGACGAUCUGGUGAACAUAAUAGUAUCAAAAUUUAUUUAAAUAAACAUUCUAUAUUGAUCUAAAUCUUUGUUAUAUUAUAAUAAAUACAAACGAGAAGUUCUGCUAAAUUUUUGUACCUUACAAUAUUUUAAUAAUG